UUCACCCUUUUCAUCAAAAAAUUCAAACCUGUUAACCGACUUAACUACCAACAUUCUGCUUUUAACAAACCCAUUUUUCUUCCAUCUCUGUUUCUUUGCUAUAUAAACUCAUCAUCAAAACUUCACUCCCUCAAAAAAAUAAACCUUUUCCACUCAAAUUUUUUCUCUUCAUUUUCUGUGAUUACUGAGAAAAGCUUGAAAAACAGAGCAAUGGCGGAAACUGAAAUGAAGACUGAUAAUCUCCUCCAAGAACAAAGAAGAUCUCUGUAUGUUGGUGAUUUACACCCAGAAGUUAAUGCAAUUGAUCUCUACAAUGUCUUUUCUAAAGUCACCGACAUCGCCGGUGUUCGUGUUUGCUACGAUUGUCUUGGUCAUUCUCUUUGCUAUGGCUAUGUCAACUACUUCUUUCCUCUUGAUGCUGCAAAAGCUAUGUCUGUGUUAAACCACACCAACAUGAAAGGGAAACCUAUGAGGAUAAUGUGGUGUGAAAGGAACCCAUUUCCAAGGAAGACAGGGAAGGCCAAUCUCUUUGUCAAGAACUUGGACUCUUCGGUUGACAGCGCUCGUUUGGAUUCCAUUUUCAGCAAGUUUGGCACUGUUGUCUCUUGCAAGGUUGAAGUUGAUGAGAAGGGAAAUAACAAAGGUUACGGAUACGUUCAAUUUGAACAAGAAGAGUCUGCUGUGGAAGCCCUCAAUUCUUUGCAUGAUACUUUGCUUGAAGGAAAGAAGCUAUUCGUGAGUCAUUUCAUGAGGAGCAGCCAGAGGAACCAGAAUUUCACCAAUCUGUAUGUAAAAAACCUGAAAAGAGAUGUAACUGACGAUGACCUUAAGAAGAAGUUCUCCGAUUUUGGGAAGGUGAAAAAUGCUGCUGUUAUGAGAGAUGACCAUGGUAUCUCAAAGGGAUAUGGCUUUGUUGAUUUUGAGUCUCCUGACAAUGCAAAAAAGGCCAUGGAAGCCCUAAAUGGCACAUCUGAUCAUCUAGGCUGUGGGAGUUUGUUUGUUGGGAGGGCUCAGAAGAAGGCAGAGAGAGAGAAAAUGAUGAAGGAACGAAUUGCAAAAUCUACAUCUUCGACUGUGUAUGUGACUGUCCUUGAUCCAUACGUUACAGCCCAUAUGUUACGAUCACAAUUCAGUGUCUGCGGAAAGGUGGUUCAAGCUAAAGUAAUGCGUUACUCAAAUGGAGUCAGUGGCAUGGUGACUUUCUCCAGUCCUUCAGAGGCAAAGAUUGCUGCUGCUAAAUUUGGUGGACGGAUCUUGCCUUUUAAAUCUCUCUUUGACGCUAAAGCUCAGUCCAAGGAAGGGGAGACAGUGCCCCCUACCUGUGUAACACAAUAUUUUUCUGCUGGGUUUCGUGAUGCUGCUGCUGCUGCUGCUGGAAAUAUUGCACCUUCGAGUUUAGUCAAGAGUCUUAACAGCAACUUUCUCAGACAGAACUUCAGGCCAUAUUGUGCAUAUUCUCAAGGGGGGCAAAAUUUCAUAAAAAAUGAGGGACUGAACUUAAACAUUGCUGCUCAGGAUGAGAAGCGCAAGCUUUUUCCAAAGAAGACCAUACAGUCAAACUGUAGCUCUUCAACAGCAAUCAACAUUACAAGCUGCACGAAUCUACGUAUGGUUGUUCCAGAGGCUGAGAAUUACUAUGGAGAAAAGGUGAGGGGAAUGAAGCUGAAAAGGAACCAAUUCAAGCAAUGUGGCAACUCAAGUCAUUUACUGCAGCAAAUUAAGGAUACAAUUCUGGCGGACAUUUUUUCAAAGACUCAGAAAACUCUUGUUGCUUCUUCAACCUUCAACCUACCCAAGCUGGAAGCUGCUUGAUCUUAUACUUCUGUGAAUUUCCCUUCUACCAAUUUUUUUUUGUGCUGUUAAUUCAGUUCCCGUUUCUCUAGUCUCUUAGUAGUGUAUAGCUUAGUAUUCGAGACUACUUAUGUCUUACUGUCUGCACCCAAACUACCAACUUUGCUGUUAAUUCAGGAAAGCACAAAGCUGUUUCUGUUAA